AUGCUGCCACGUGGCAGUGGCAGGUCCUUCCAACGGUGGGAUGCCGAUGGUCAAGGCAGCAGCAGCGUUGGUGGUGGUGGUGGCAAGCGAGGGAAGGAAUCUAAGGGCUUCGCAGGGAAAGCAGACAGAGACGCAGGGAGAGGAGGCAAAAAGGGCGGCAAGAACGGCAAGGGGAUCGCUGCGGCUUUGUCUCGUAGCGGGGGAGGGUUAGCUGAGCUGGUGGGGAGGGGGCGGCGGGGGGAGGCGAAGAAUCGGGUAGAGGAGCUGUCGGCGCAGCAGGUGCAGCAGCAGUGGCGGCGGCAGGUGCCGCGGGUGAGAGACACACUGGAGCAGCUGAGGAAGAAGGACAUGCUCCCCGCCAUCUGGUUCAUCUUCAGCCGCCGAGGGUGUGAUACGGCUGUCAGCUUUGUGCGCGAUACCAACCUUCUCUCAACCAGUGAACAGGCAGAGGUGACAGAAGCCAUAGCAGCGUUGGGGCAGCAGCAGCCGGAGGCGGUGAGGGAGGGGGCGGUGGAGGCGUUAAAGAAGGGCAUGGUGGUGCUGACCCUGCCCCUUCCACAUUCCCUUCUACCUGCCUUCGCGUUUCCCCCACCCUUCUCACAGGCAGAAGUGGAAGCAGCCAUAGUGGCGUUGAGGCAGCAGCAGCCGGAGGCGGUGAGGGAGGGGGCGGUGGCGGCUCUAAAGAAGGGCGUGGCGGCGCACCACGCGGGGUGCCUUCCUCCUUGGAAGGGGUUUGUGGAGGACCUCUUUCAACGCGGCCUUGUCAAGAGAGGAGUGGCGGCGCACCAUGCGGGGUGCCUGCCGCCCUGGAAGGGGUUUGUUGAAGACCUCUUUCAACGGGGGCUCGUCAAGGUGCGAUGGUAUGUGCGAUGGUAUGUGCGAUGGUAUGUGCGAUGGUAUGUGCGAUGGUAUGUGCGAUGCUAUGUGCGAUGGUAUGUGCGAUGGUAUGUGCGAUGGUAUGUGCGAUGGUAUGUGCGAUGGUAUGUGCGAUGGUAUGUGCGAUGGUAUGUGCGAUGGUAUGUGCGAUGGUAUGUGCGAUGGUAUGUGCAUUUGCAUCUGUUGUUGGGAGGGCGGGGAGGAGGGGCAAGGACAGGCAAGGGCACGUGGUGGUGUGGUGGUGCAGACGCCCUUUCAUUUCCUCCCCCUCUCAUCAUCUUCCGAUUCAACUCUCGUCGCUCUGUGUGCAGGGGCAAUGCGGGUCGAAGUCUUCUCUCAGCCAACGCGAUGCUGCAAAUGGCAGGGAGGGCGGGGAGGAGGGGCAAGGACAGGCAGGGGCACGUGGUGGUGGUGCAGACGCCCUUUGAGGGCGCGCAAGACUGCUGCCGCCUGCUGCUGGGGGGCGCUGACCCGCUUGUGUCUCAAUUCACAGCCACGUACGGCAUGGCUCUCAACCUGCUGGGGGUGAGUGUCUCAGUCUGA